CAAUGGCAGGUAACAGGUAUACCUUGCACACAUGCCAUUUUUCUAGUCAUUUCACGGAGGGGGCUAGAAUUGGAACAGUUUGUGGAUGACUGCUACUCUGUUGCAACAUUCAAGAAGGCAUAUGCAGGACAUGUAGUUCCAAUGACAGACAAGUCUCAAUGGGCCAAGAUUAAUGUAGGAUUCAAGUUAUAUCCACCUCUGUUGAAGAGGUCAGCAGGCAGACCUAGAAGCAGAAGGAUUAAAGGAAUGGAAGAAGGAGGUUCAGGAAAAAGAAAGUAUAGAUGCAAGAGGUGUGGUCAGUUUGGCCAUAUCAAGAAGACUUGCAAUGAACCAGUUGCUGAUCCAUCUGCCCCUCCACCAGCCCCACCAAAGCCCAAGAGAAAAAGAGUGAAGAAAGUUGUGCUUUCUGUGCAAGAUCCUGUUAUACAAGUCCCAACAGCUACUGUGUCCACACCUUCAAGAUCACAAGCAUCUGGGGUAACUCAAACAAGCCCAAUAACAAGGAGCAGGGCUAGAGCUCUCAAUUUGGAUGUUGAUGCUCCAAGCAACAAGGCAGCUGGUGCCAUCUGAAGACUGAAGUUCAAUGACAUGAAAUUUGCUUUUGUAUAAAUGUAGGAUGCUAUGUUCACUGAUGUUAGCUUUUAAUGGCAUGGACUCCUUUAUGUGCUAAGUGCACUGCUUUUGUUAUGGAGCCAAUGGGCAGUACUACUCAUAUUUGCUAGGCAAAAUGUGCCUAAAGACUUUCAUGUAUGGCUUUUGUAUAGACCAAGCUUAAUGGCAGUGGCAGUACCAUGUGUGGCACUGGAUGUA